UGUGACAGAGGAGUGACAGAGCACAGAGAGGGAGGGAGGAGGAGGAGGAGGAGUGAACGGUCCCGGUUCAAACACACACACCGGCCUGAGAAGAGAAGGAGGAGAAGGAGAGGAAGAAGAAGAAGAAGAAGAAGAAGAAGAAGAAGAAGAAGAAGAAGAAGAAGAAGAAGGAGAAGAGGAGAGCGCACCGGACCCCGAGAGUGUGUGAAGGAGAGUGGGAGAGAGUGGGAGACUGACAGGCGUUACCGAGACGAGACGAGCCGAAGCGUCGACAUGAGCGGUCAGUUUGAGGAAGACCUCCACGACAGGGGCGAGAGGAAGAGCAGUAAAUCCCCGACGCUGCUCUCCUCUUACUGCAUAGACAGCAUUCUGGGCCGCCGGAGCCCCUGUAAGGUCCGGCUGAUAGGGGCGCAAAGUUUGUCGGGUCUGCCCGGCAGAGGGGAGCUCGACAAGACGGCUGACAGGCCAACCAAAGACCCCCUUUCUCUCGCCGCUGACAUGCACCUGCCUCCCAAGCUCCGCCGCCUGUACGGCCCCGGGGGGAAGUACCUCCACGACCACGCAGAGACACUCGACAGGGAGCGGCUCCUCCUGGAGCAAGCCAGCGACAGCCUCAAGAUCAGCCAGGCGCCGCAGGUGAGCAUCAGCCGCAGCAAGUCCUACCGGGAGAACGCGUCGCUGAGCCGGGGAGAGGGCGACCAGAGUCCCGGGGAGGGCUCGGAGGACGGCAGCCUGGGGCUGGUGGAGCUCGGCCCGCUCAAGUUCGAGGAGGACGCGGGGAAAGAGGAGGAGGGCUGCGGGGACGCGGCCGCGCUGUCCCCGAAGGACGAGGAGAGGGAGAGCUUGAACGCCGGGGAUGGGGACGUGAGGGACGGGGAGGACAGCGUGUGUCUGUCGGCGGGCAGUGACUCGGAGGAAGGGAUGCUGAAAAGGAAGCAGAGAAGAUACAGGACUACCUUCACCAGUUACCAGCUGGAGGAGCUGGAGAGAGCUUUCCAGAAGACACACUACCCCGACGUCUUCACCAGAGAAGAGCUCGCAAUGCGCCUGGAUCUCACCGAGGCCCGUGUGCAAGUGUGGUUUCAGAACCGCAGAGCCAAGUGGAGGAAGCGUGAGAAGGCCGGGGUGCAGGCCCACCCGUCAGGCCUGCCGUUCCCAGGCCCCCUGGCAGCGGGUCACCCUCUCAGCCACUACCUGGAGGGAGGGCCCUUCCCUCCCCACCACCACCCUGCCCUGGAGUCGGCGUGGACGGCUGCUGCAGCUGCGGCCGCCGCGUUCCCCGGCCUGGCCCCACCGCCGCACAACGGCUCCGCUCCGCCCCUGGCCACCCCGCUCGGCCUGGGCACCUUUCUGGGCACAGCUGCCAUGUUUCGCCACCCUGCCUUCAUUGGACCCACUUUUGGCAGGCUCUUCUCCAGUAUGGGUCCCCUGUCCAGUGCUUCCACCGCUGCAGCCCUCCUCCGUCAGCCCGCCCCCCCUGUAGAGAACCCCUCCCACGCGGGCCCCGUCCUCCCCGACCCUUCCUCCUCCUCGUCCUCCCCCUCUUCCGCGGCCGCAGCGGACCGCAGGGCCUCCAGUAUCGCCGCGUUGCGCCUCAAGGCCAAGGAACACUCGGCUCAGCUCACCCAGCUUAACAUCCUGCCCGCCGGAGCCGCAGGGAAGGAGGUGUGCUGAACACUCAACACCAGCUCUAGGCCUCCCUGUCCCGGGCUUACGUCCCAUUCCAUCACACACACCCCCACCCACGCCCCCCCCCCCCCCAAAAACCCAUUCAUACCCCUGGAGGCUGAUGUCCUGACGUCCCCUUGUUCAACCACCCCUGUUACCUCAUGUUUCCCCAACAAAAUAGCACGACCAAAUUCAAAAGAGCACAGGCUAAAAGACAGUGUGUGUGUGUGUGUGUGUGUGUCUGGUGAUGACAGCUAUCGUAAUUUUGUUUUACACUCCAUACUCACACCUCUCUGAAUGACACCUCAGUAACUUGAAGAACAAUUACAAUAUUUUAUGACACAGCUAAAAAGAUUUUCCUAAUAUUACUUCACACUACAUAUAAUCCACAUCUUUUUUUGAUGGUGUGCCGCAUGAAUUUAAAAAAGUAUACUUUCCUAAAGCACAAAUUUGGAACACUUGUACUUUAGUAUUUCCAUGUGAUGCUACGUUAUACUUUACAUUUAAUUUAUUCUACACCUCAUUUAUUUAGCAAUAAUUAGCUACUUUAAAAAUUAGGAUUUUACACACUAAACACAUGAAUUUAUAAAAUAUUAAGCACUGUAACUGCUGCCCAAAAAUACACCUACAACUACUUACACAUUAAAGCAUCAGCUAUAAUAAUUCAGUAAUGUAAAAUACAGCUGUAUCGCUCACAGGGGCCAUUUUUCUGCGCUCUUAAAGUACAUUUUGCUCAAUUUUUUUGUACUUUUACUCAAAUAGCAGGACUUAACUUGUGAGAGGGUGUAUGUUUUGCCCAAGGAAAUGAUCUGUCAUCGUACGCGCACACACAAACACACACACACAGAAAGAGCUGAAGAACCGCAGGGGAACCCAGACUUGUAGAAAGGAUUCCUGUGCUACUUCAAAUGUGGACAACUCGAGUGCUCGACAUUAACACUGCUUAAUCUGUAUGCAUUGAUGUGGGCUGAGCCGGUCUGCGUCUAUAAUAAAGGCGAGUUGGAGGAGGUCCCCCCGCACCCCACCCACACCCACCUACACCCCCCCAGAACCAAAGGAAAACUGUCCAUAGACCUUCCAUAGCCUUCUCUACAAGCCUGACUCCUCUCCGCUGCUCGCCUGUCCACCAGUCACACUCAGCAGGACCACUGUGCAUAAAUACCUUUUAAAUCUCUGACUCAAACCAGAGUUAUUCGAGGUCGUUUCCAAGCGUCAGAUUUCUGUAAAUUUGCUGCAAUUUGAGAUUUUUUUUUCUCCCCCCCCCCCACCCCCACCUCAACCCCUCUCUUUGAUUAUCACAGCAGUGGCACUUUCCGCUGAGUCUGACUCCAGGACACGCGAGCAAAAGUUGAGACCUGACAAACUGUACAUAUUGUGUAAAAAAAAAAAGGGGGGAGAAAAAAAAGUACCACAAAAAAGGAUGAUUUUCAAAACAAGGUCGUGUAUAUUUCAGGAGACCGUGUUUUGAUAAUUUGCACUCCGUGUAGUGUUUAAUGAAUGUCGCCCUGUGUAGAAUUUCACCUGUGUUUAUGAAUUAUUAGGAUUUUUAGAUCAUUAUUUAUGUCAAAACUUUUCCCCCCUGAGGAACCGAGUGAAGGAGAUUUUGUUUUCUUAUUAAGUGAUUGUAAGUUUCCUGGUUUAAUAAUUGCUAAUUUGAAUAAAUUACACUGGUAAAAUGAGUUAUCUUUUAUUAUUUCAAAUUCCUUUAGAGCUGACAUAGGCCUAAACCAGGAAAAAAAUAAACAAUGUGAAAUAGAAUAUUAUAGAACUAUUAAUAAAAGGUGUU